AUGGCCAACCCGACCAGCAAGGCCAUGCCCUUUAGUGAACUCGGCUACAGCCCUUCAAGGACGCACCACCCACCUCAAGACACCGUCGGGCAAGAAGCAACCAGUACAUCCGUCAACCACGAGUCCGAAUCAGUGAAAGCCAACCCUACCACCAACAUCAACUCAAGCCCACAUCUCCUCCCACGCUCACCACCUCUCCGCCCAUACAACACCGUCCCAGACAGGAUGCCACACGAUAUCGAGCGGCCGUGCUCAGCGUGCGCGACACACCACCCACACCACCACCGUGUCCAUCCACACGAGCCCGGCCAGCACCACACGCUGCUCUCCAGCAUCUACCAGAUGCGACCGGGCGGGACACGCGUCACGCCCUUCGCGGGCCGUCUGGGCGGCAACCAGACGUACGUGGUGGACCGCGAGAACCCGGCGAACGCGGAUCUGCUCAAAAAGGUGCCUGAUGCGGCGCCGAACCUGAACUUCAAGGAGGCGUUUGAUCUCCGCGGGUUCGCGGAUUGGGAUCUUUACAAGGCGGCGGUGAUCGAGGGCGUUGGAACACUAGUCCUCGUCUUCUCCACAACAUACAACAGCAUGUCACCGGCCGACCCGCCACCACUCCCUUCGCCGACGUCCGGCGUAUUCAGCACGGCGGCGUUCCUGAACCCACUGAUCGCGGCGCUGAUCACGACCAUCACGCUGUCGCUCCUGAUCUACACGUUCGGCGCCAUCUCCGGCGGGCACAUGAACCCGCUGAUCACGAUGGGCACGUUCUUCGCGCGCCUGACCACCUUCCCGCGCAUGGUGCUGUACAUCGCCGCGCAGACCGCCGGCGCCAGCCUCGCCGGCCUGCUGCUGCGCUCCGCCGCCGACUCCCGCGCCUUCAAGGUCGGCGGCUGCUUCCUGUUCACCGACCUGGUGAGCGUGCGCUCCGCCUUCACCGUCGAGUUCGUCGGCUCGCUGUUGUUGCUGUUCCUCGCUUUCGGCGUCGGCCUAGAUCCCAGGCAGGCCGAGCUGUUUGGGCCCGCCUUGGGCCCUGUCCUCGUCGGUCUGGCCGCCGGCUCCACCGCCCUAAGCCUCUCCUUCUCCAGGUAUGGCUAUGGUGGCGCCGGGCUGAAUCCCGCGAGGUGCUUUGGUGUGUUUGUCGGCAGUAGGUUUCCCGGUUGGGCUUGGGUCACCUGGGUCGGACCCCUCGCGGCGAGUCUGGCUCACGGGCUCGUUUAUUUCCUGGUGCCGCCCGUGACGCCCAAGGGGAAGGUGUUCAAGCAGAGGAGCGUGGGUGACGGGGAUGGCGAGGAUGUCGCGGAGAAAGCUCCACAUCCCCGUGUUGAUGCUGGGGCUGUGUGA